GCAAAACGGCGACAUCAAAUUUUUGACAAAGGGAGACAAUAACGCUGUUGAUGACAGAGGGCUGUACAAACGAGGGCAGCACUGGUUGGAGAAAAAGGAUGUAGUAGGACGAGCAAGAGGAUUCGUGCCCUAUAUUGGAAUAGUGACUAUCUUAAUGAAUGAUUAUCCAAAAUUUAAGUAUGCAGUCCUCUUUUUACUGGGUUUAUUUGUGCUGGUCCAUCGAGAGUAGCCUCUCACACUGAAGUACGAGGCAAAGGUGCCAUGGGUUUUUUAGAUGAACGUUUUCAGUAGAUGAUGGUCCGAUGUGCCAGGAGGAAGAAGAAAACACGCAUUUCAAAGCUUCUUGCCAGUUUGGGUUUGUUUUGGUUUUUACUGCGUAAGGGCGAAUGUUUGUCACAGUAUUUCCAAUGGUUUGUCACAUUUUAGCAUUUUUAGUGAGUUUUUAUAUUAAAAAAUUAAG